AUGGAGAAGAAUGAAAAAGUUAUCGCCUAUGUAUCAAAGAUUCAAGGUUUGGUUCACACGAUGAAAAAUUAUUGUGAAGUGAUGACAAAGAAAAUGAUGAUUGAAAAGGUUCAUCAAUUCUUCAACGAAUUAGAAUCUCACAAAAACACGCUCACCAAAUGCACCGACCUAUUCACCACACUCUCUAACCAUUUCUCCACCGUACAAGACUCAAUCUCCCAGAAACUCCAAACCCUAGAUUCGAAAUUUCAAUCCCUUGAAUCCCGCUCCAAGGAAACCCUAGAAUCCCUCGACAACCAAGAGAAUUCCAUCCCCGAGCGUGAAUCCUCCGCCGCUGCACGCAUUGAUGAGCAGAAGGAAGCCGCACUUGCUGACCUUUGUAACUCCGUUCCUAUGUCGACGCUCAAUAUCUCCGACGCGCUUAAAUCGUUGUCGAGGAAAAUGGACGCGUCCGCGUUGCUUCGGUUUAUGGUUUCGAAGAGGAAGGAGUCGGUAAUGCUGAGGCCGGAGAUUGUGGUGGCGAUAAAGGAGGCUGUGGACCCGCCGAGAUUGGUUCUGGAUGCGGUGGAGGAGUAUUUGAAGAGUAAAACUGAGGCGAAGUCUGGUGUUACUGAUAAGAGAUGGGCUUGUGGGCUUUUGAUUCAGGGAUUGAUUGCGGAAUCGAGUGUGUAUUCUAGAAGGAUUGUGGAGAGAGCUGCGGGGCUUGUGGAUUUGUGGAAGGAGCAGCUGGAUGGGGAGCACGAGAAGGGUGCUGCUGAAAUGGUGAUGUUUUUGCAGAUUGUGGCGUGCUUUGGGUUAAGGUCGAAAUUCGAUGAUGAGUAUUUGAGGAAAUCUGUGAUGGAGUUUGCUUCAAGGAGGGAUAUGGCCAAGGUGGCUGCUUCCUUAGAAUUUGGUGACAAGAUGAUAGAUGAAGUUGUAGAUGAAUUUGUUUAUGCAGCUGAAGCUCUCAACAUCCCGACCGCCCCAACCAAACCAUCCAUUAAACAACCACCUUCUUUAGAGCCUAAAUCACUUUCUGCAUAUUUAUAUUAUUCACCAAAGCUUGAAUUUGAGUAG